GCGGGCGUGGAGGAGAAAAUCGAACUCGUCUCUGAGGGGAUUUUUUUGAGCUGGGGCGCCUAGAGCGAAAGGAAACUUCGCGAAGGAGAGUGUGGCUGGGGCCAGAGCGUGGUGGCGGAGGGUCGGAGGGGGUCUGCCCCGAGAGCGUUUUGCGUGGAGGGGGAGAGUUUGGGCCUUUGGGGGGCAAAGUGCGGAUCUGAGAUUCCAGUAGUUUAAAAGGCAAGUUAGAGGUGUUUUUUUUUUUUUUUUCUAAGACAGUUGGAAGGAGGGGCCAGCGUGUGUUACGGACUUUUAAAAAAGGGAUUUAGGGACCGUGUCCUUCUUAGACCCUUCCAGGCAGUCCACGAUGGGAAGAGCAGAUCUCGGACGUCAGGGGUUUCGGUGACUCUCUUAAAGGGGCUUUUGUGUUUGCUCCCGUCUAGUUGGUGAAGGGGUGCCCCUGACAGUCGGCCUCACUUCUGGAGGAGGAGAACUGCAAGAGUCGUCUCCAGAGUUGGAGGGGGAGCGACUCUUGAGGAAAGGAUGAGAAGGGACAGUUAGUCUUUCGUCGGUUUUCACUAGGAUAACGGGCACAACCUAGAAGACACUAGGCAACUGUGGUAAAGGUAGAUGGCUUUAGGUGUAGGCUCGUGGGCUCGCAUGUGUAAAGGUGCUCUGAAAUCAGAUUUUUAAACUUUUUUAAAAUAGUCAUAACUCUAGUCCGUCCCAACAGUUGACCCCACUGUGUUUAGGUGAGACGCCAGUGAUAACCGAAUUGACGUUAAUUUGCCGUUUCAUGUUUUAAGUUUAUUCCAAUAAGUUCAGGAAAAAAUGUCUCGAGGGUUCAUUCAAAGGUGAUACUCUAAAAUGUGAACGCUCCGAGGGAAUGUCUUCUGAAGUGUUACAGAAGGGUGGUGUAAGUUCUUUUUCUCAGUUUGCCUAGUUUUCAGAGUAAAUGGUGUAUCUUACACACCAACUGAAGCACAUGUAUGGCAUGGUAUCAAGACCAAAAUUUUCACUGAACACAUGGGAAAGAAUUCUUUUUGCAGAUAGAGGAAAGAUAUUUGGGGGGUUGUCAGUUUGUGGGAUUUGGACUUGAAAUAUCUGAAAGGCUUAGUAAGUGUUGAUUGUUACUUUAAAUCUUUUUAUUUUCCUGUUUGUGCUUUCCAAUCUUAUAUAUUGGGAUCUAACAUUUUUGACCCUCUUCACUCCAGCCAUUGGAAUCUGUUUUAUUUCCACCUUCUCUUAAAUUUCUCUUGGCAGAUUAGAUUAGUGACUAGAAGCACAAACUGGAUCCAGGUGAUAGGUUAAAAUCCGCCACUCUACUGCUUUACCCGGUUGCUUGAUCUAGGUACUUUACCUAGUUUCCUUGGAUUCUUAUCUUAAAAAUGGGGAUAAUAACAGUAUUUACCUCUUGGGAUGUUUAUGAGGAUUAAAUGAGAUAAUAUAGGUAAAGUGCUGAACCGAAUGCCCCGUUCAUAAAUACCAUGCAAGUGUUAUUUAAAUAUUAUUCCUUAUUUUGUAAUCAUAUUAUCUAGACUUGUGUUUCUGGCCCUUCCAGAUACUCAUCAGGCAGAAAUGUAAUGAAGAUGUCAAUACCCAAUUUAGACUGAGGAAAAUUUCAGGGAACUAAGUAAAUUGAAAAGUUAUUUUCUUUUUACAGACCCUUAAGAGGAAUGUAUUCUUUGAUGCAUUCUGAAGCUAUUCAGAGCUACAUGGUUGGACUAAGCCUUUGUUUUGGUUCCUUCCUUUAGAUGGCGACUUUUAACCUUUUCUCUGCCUUGGACACUUUAAUGAAUCCUGUGAAACUUCAGAGUAAUAUUUUCAAAUGUAUAAAAUACAAUAUAAGAUUACAAACAAAAUCAAUGAUAAAAUUAUAAGGAAGUUAUAAAAUUGUUUAAAACAAAUUUCAGGUUUGUUUUAAUAAAGUACUUCUUUAUUACAUUAAGUAACUAGACCUCACAAUGACUGAUAGUACUGAUGGGUAUAGACAGCUUUUGAGAUCUGCAACAACUAUAAUGGAAUAUAAAAAUUCAUGAUUUCCAUUGCUGAGAAGGUUACAGCUACAGUAACAUUAGCACAUAUACUGCCUGUGAUUAUAAUAGAAGGAAGUAAUAGAUUUCAGUUAAAAAUGUAAAAAUUAAGAUGCAGUCUUAAAUUUAUUUAUGAAUUUAUUCAACUGCAUAAGUUCACAGGCCCUCUGAAUUCCAUCCAGGGACCCAGAUAUAGGACAUAGGUUAAGAGAAGCAGUAAAGAAAGGGAGUAGAGAACUUUGUAUAAAAAUGAAUUCAGAAAAAGCUAAUAAGGGCAGUGGUUUAACUCUUGAGGGAGCCAAAUAAUGACAGGAAGGCCAAAGGCAAGUGGAGGAAAGAAUGUGGUAUUUGUAAGUUGGAGUUAUGGUAAUCUGAGCAGUUGAUACUGUUAAAGUGAAUCAAAGAACUGAUAGGACAUUAAACUUUUUAAAAAUUUAGAUAUAAUUGACCAAUAACAUUGUGUUAUUAGUUUUAGGUGCACAAUAUAAUGAUUCAGUAUUUGCAUUGCUGAAUGAUCAGCACAGAUGAUGCUGUCAGUAUAGAAAGCGGUACCAACACAGAACGCCCUGAUACGCCUACAAAUACGCCAAAUGCACCUGGAAGGAAGAGUUGGGGGAAGGGAAAAUGGAAAUCAAAGAAAUGCAAAUAUUCUUUCAAAUGUGUAAAUAGUCUCAAGGAAGAUCAUAAUCAACCAUUGUUUGGAGUUCAGUUUAACUGGCACAGUAAAGAAGGAGAUCCAUUAGUGUUUGCAACUGUAGGAAGCAACAGAGUUACCUUAUAUGAAUGUCAUUCACAAGGAGAAAUCCGGUUGUUGCAGUCUUACGUGGAUGCUGAUGCUGAUGAAAACUUUUACACUUGUGCGUGGACAUAUGAUAGCAAUACAAGCCAUCCCCUGCUGGCUGUUGCUGGAUCUAGAGGCAUAAUUAGGAUAAUUAAUCCCAUAACAAUGCAGUGCAUAAAGCACUAUGUUGGCCAUGGAAAUGCUAUCAAUGAGCUGAAAUUCCACCCAAGAGAUCCAAAUCUUCUCCUGUCAGUAAGUAAAGAUCAUGCUUUACGAUUAUGGAAUAUCCAGACGGACACUCUGGUGGCAAUAUUUGGAGGUGUAGAAGGGCACAGAGAUGAAGUUCUAAGUGCUGAUUAUGAUCUUUUGGGUGAAAAAAUAAUGUCUUGUGGUAUGGAUCACUCUCUUAAACUUUGGAGGAUCAAUUCAAAGAGAAUGAUGAAUGCGAUUAAGGAAUCUUAUGAUUAUAACCCAAAUAAAACUAACAGGCCAUUUAUUUCUCAGAAAAUUCAUUUUCCUGACUUUUCUACCAGAGACAUACAUAGAAAUUAUGUCGAUUGUGUGCGAUGGUUAGGUGAUUUGAUACUUUCCAAGAGUGGCCGUGCCAUUUUACAUUCCCACCAGCAAUGUAUGAAAGAUGCAGUGUCUUCGAAUCUUCGCCAGCAUUUGUCUUGUGAAAAUGCCAUUGUGUGCUGGAAACCUGGCAAAAUGGAAGAUGAUAUAGAUAAAAUUAAACCCAGUGAGUCUAAUGUGACUAUUCUUGGGCGAUUUGAUUACAGCCAGUGUGACAUUUGGUACAUGAGGUUUUCUAUGGAUUUCUGGCAAAAGAUGCUUGCAUUGGGCAAUCAGGUUGGCAAACUUUAUGUUUGGGAUUUAGAAGUAGAGGAUCCUCAUAAAGCCAAAUGCACGACGCUGACUCAUCACAAAUGCGGGGCUGCUAUUCGACAAACCAGUUUCAGCAGGGACAGCAGCAUUCUUAUAGCUGUUUGUGAUGAUGCCAGCAUUUGGCGCUGGGACCGACUGCGAUAAAGUACUUUUCCCAAUCAAAAUUAGCGUGUGUUUUCUGUGUACAAUAGAACUAAUGUAUCCUGCUAGUAAGGGCACAUAGAGCAUUUAGAGUUGUCUUUGAGCAUUCAAUCAGGCUGAGCUGAAUGUAGUGAUGUUUACAUUGUUUACACUCUUUGUACUGUCUCCUGCUCAGACUCUACUGCUUUUAAUAAAAAUUUAUUUUUGUAAA